CUCUUUUUUCCUUCCCUUCCCCUCUUCACCCACUGCACACGACAUCACCAUGACGUCCAGCUCAGUCCUCGGUUUCCCGCGCAUCGGCCCUCAACGUGAGGUCAAGAAGGCCCUCGAGGCUUACUGGUCGGACAAGAUCAACGUCGACGAGCUCCUCAAGGUCUCAAAGGAGCAGAGGCUGCACACCUACGAGAUCAUCAAGAGCCAAGGCAUCGACUACAUCCCCACUGGUACUUUCACCCUCUACGACCAUGUUCUCGACUUCUCAAACACCUUCAACAUCAUUCCCGAGGCUUACGCCAAGUCCGGCCUCAACCCCCUCGACACCUUCUUCGCCAUGGCCCGUGGUCACCAGAAGAACGGCGUUGACUUGCCCGCUACCGAGAUGAAGAAGUGGUUCGACUCCAACUACCACUACCUCGUCCCUGAGCUCCACGAGGCCGUCGACUUCAAGCUUAACGACACCAAGCCCGUCGAUGACUUCGUCGAGGCUAAGGAGGCUGGCUACAAGGGCCGUCCCGUCCUCGUCGGUCCCAUCACUCUCCUCUGGCUCGGAAAGGUUGCCAAGGAGGCCAAGAACCCCAACCUCGACCCCGUCUCCCUCGUCUCGAAGCUCGCCCCCGUCUACGUUGAGCUCCUCAAGAAGCUCCACGCUGCUGGCGCCGAGUGGGUCCAGAUCGACGAGCCCAUCCUCUGCCUUGACGUUGCCGAGAAGUACGCCUCGGAGUUCAAGUCGACUUACGAGCAGUUCGCCAAGGAGGUCCCUCAGAUCAAGACUCUCCUCACCACCUACUUUGGCCGCCUCGACUCGAACCUCAACUUCGUCAAGGACCUGCCCGUCUCGGGUCUCCACGUCGACCUCGACCGUGCUCCCCAGCAGGUCGACGACGUCGUUGCCGCCCUCAAGUCGUCGGACAAGGUCAUCUCCCUCGGUCUCGUCUCUGGCCGUAACAUCUGGAAGACCGACCUCACCGCCCGCCUCGAGGUUGCCAAGAAGGUCGCCGCCGCUGUCGGUGCUGAGCGUGUCCAGGUCGCCACCUCGUCGUCGCUCCUCCACACCCCCUACACCAUCAAGAACGAGAACAAGCUCAGCCCCGAGGUUCUCGACUGGUUCUCCUUCGCCACCGAGAAGUGCGCUGAGGUCGCUACUCUCGCCAAUGCCGUCAACUCUGGCUCGUCGCCCGCUCUCGAGGCCAACGCCAAGUCUAUCAAGGCUCGUCGUGACUACGAGAAGAACUCGAACCCGGCCGUCCGCAACCGUGUCUCCGGCCGCAAGCCCGAGGACUCAAAGCGCAAGUCGCCCUUCUCGGUCCGCAAGCAAGCGCAGGAGGAGCGCCUUAAGCUGCCCCUUUUCCCCACCACCACCAUUGGCUCCUUCCCCCAGACCAAGGAGAUCCGUACCCAGCGUGCCCGCUUCAACAAGAAGGAGAUCUCCCAAGAGGAGUACGAGAAGUUCAUCGAGAAGGAGAUCCAGCACGUCGUCAAGCUCCAGGAGGACCUCGACCUCGACGUCCUUGUCCACGGUGAGCCCGAGCGAAAUGACAUGGUCCAGUACUUCGGAGAGCAGCUCGAGGGAUUCGCUUUCACGCAGAACGCUUGGGUUCAAUCCUUCGGCUCGCGCUACGUUCGCCCGCCUAUCAUUGUCGGUGACGUCUCGCGUCCUCACCCCAUGACGAUCCGCUGGUCCAAGUUCGCCCAGGCGCAGACCAAGCGCGUCAUGAAGGGUAUGCUUACGGGCCCCUGCACCAUCAUGGCGUGGUCUUUCCCGCGUGCCGACAUCAGCCGUGAGGAGCAGAUGUACCAGCUCGCCUUCGCCCUGCGUGACGAGGUCGUCGACCUCGAGAACGCCGGCAUUGUCGCCAUCCAGGUCGACGAGCCCGCCAUCCGUGAGGGUCUCCCGCUCCGCCACGCCGACUGGGACACCUACCUCACCGCCGCUGUCGAGUCAUACCGCAUCGCCACCUCCGGUGUCACCGACGCUUGCUCGAUCCAGUCGCACUACUGCUACUCGGACUUCAACGACAUCAUCGAGCACGUCUGGGCCUGCGACUCGGACGUCAUCUCCGUCGAGAACUCCAAGUCGGACGCCAAGCUCCUCAAGGUCUUCGUCGGCUCCAAGCCCUCGGACGCUGGUUGCAACUUCAUCGGUCCCGGUAUCUUCGACAUCCACUCGCCCCGUGUGCCUACCGCCGAGGAGCAGUACCAAAAGCUCAGCAAGAUCGUCGAGGCCAUCGGCAAGGACAAGGUCUGGGUCAACCCUGACUGCGGUCUUAAGACGAGGCAGGAGAGCGAGGUCAAGUCGCAGUUGGCUAACCUCGUCAACGCGGCCAAGCGCGCAAGGAAGGAGUUGGCUUAAGCGCGUGUGCGGGCGACUUUCGAGAUCUACUGUGAUUGUAUUUACGUGACGGUUGAUGUCCUUCAACGGGGCAUCGUGAACCUGAGGUGACGUGGUCCUCCCCCCUACUACUUCGCGAGUGGCCAUGCUAACAAGCGGGCCAGCUCAUUCUCCUGUUCUUGUCAUCUGCAUUCUUUUUUUUUGUUCCUUCGUAUCACCCCUAACGCCCAUCUGUACUUUCUUUGGCUCCACUCAAUAUACACAAGCAUUCAACAUGAAAAAACC